AGCAUACAUCCAUAGAAAUGGUAAAUACAUCAUCCAUCAUCAUUUCAUCUACAAGAAGGCGUUUGUCUUGAUGUCUUUUGAUCGAUCAGUUAUAAACAAAUUUCGACAUGGAAGUUUAUGGAUCAAUAUGAACAAUUAAAGACAGACAGAGAAACAGAGACAAUGAGAGAGAGAGGGAGAGAAUUAAAUGUCAACACAUGCUUAAACAUGGAAUUCAGUAAUGUUACGACAUUUUAUUAUUGUUUAUGCUGAUUGUGAAAAAAGACAUACAAGACAACAAUCUACUUUAAAGAAAAGGAAAAAAGCUGCCAUUAAAGCACACGAACUCCGUAACAAGAACAAGGCUGAGCUUCUCAAGGUCCUUGACGAACAAAAGCAAGCCCUUGCCAACCUCCGUGUUCAAAAGGUCGCCGGUGGUAGAGCCCAAGAACUUGGUGAAGCUCGCAAGAACGUUGCUCGUGUCUUGACUGUCAUCAACCAAACUCAACGUGAACAACUCCGUCUCUUCUAUCAAAAGAAGAAGUACGUUCCUUUGGAUCUCCGUGUCAAGAAGACCCGUGCUAUGCGUAGAGCCUUGACUCCUUAUGAAAAGUCCUUAAAGACUGUUCGUCAACAAAAGAAGUUGGCUCACUUCCCUCUUCGCAAGUAUGCUGUCAAGGCUUAA